UUACUCUACUUUGUGUACAGAUUGAUAGAUGUAUGGUAGACUUUUAUUUCUCAAUUUAUAGCGUUGAUUCUUCUAUCAAGUUAGUUGUUUUAAAUAGUUUCCUAAAUUUAGGAAACUGCACUAUUUCCUAAUGCCAAUUUUGUACACAGUCUUCCAGAGAAUAGGCACAGAAAGGAAACAUCCACACGACCUUCAUCAGAUUUGGAGAAUCCUGACACCCAAUACAGCAAGAGACACUACAGGGAAGGGGAAUUAAAGGCCACACUCUUCUGAAUAUAGGUGUCAGAAUCCAAAACCAAACUUUAUUACACUCUGAAACCAGAGAUUUUCAAAAGAAAAGAAACUAAGAUUUCAUGGCGGGAUAUCUAAGGGGUUGAUAAGAACAGGGUCACUGGCUAUUUGAGUGCUGCCAGGAAGAGUGAUGAGAAGGGACAGUGCCAAGGAGUUCGUGGAAAGGACAUUUGGGACAAGAAAACCUGCUGGCUCCAGAGAGUGGGUCAAAAGAAUCCAAAAGUGGCCACCAAAGAAAGUACACCCUGGGAACAAACCAAAUGAAGUGUCCCCGGAGGGUGUGGUAGAAGAGAUGUUCAGUGUGAACUCAGAAGAGGCCCUGUCUUUUGUGAAGGUGGACUCCAGGGCAAAUACCAAUAUUCCACCCGAGGACCCUCAGGACGAGCUCGCUGGCACCAGAGCAGACGUAAUUACAUCUAUGUCCAAGGUGGUCUCAGGAGUCAAGAGAAAAGAGUGGAUAUACAGCAUCCAGUACCCCUCCAGUGAUGAGGAGGAAGACCCUCCAGUUUCUGCUUCUGCCAAACAUGAAAGCCUUUAUCUUUCAUUGGUCAUCAACUCUUGGGAGAUGUGCAUAAGAGAUUAUGGUUUGAAUGUUGACUAUUGACCCACACUGGAAAAAUGUGAAACACCUCCCCCACGGCACUAUGGGAACCCCCUAGUGUGCCAGGUGGGGUGUAAGAAGCCCACCCCCUCCCUGUGGACCUUCAGGACUUGCAGUAGCACCUUGAUGUUCUAUCCUGUCUACCCGUGGGUGAAAAGACACCCCUGGGAUAGGAGAGGUAAAGAACACUUGCUCUGGGAUUACUACCUACACCCUGGCUUCCCGGAGACAUGCGGGAAGAACACGAUCUUGAGCAGAUUUCUGGCCUCCACUCCUCACCCAAAUGCCAACUCCUGGUCUAGGAAUAAAAUCUUGAUUUGCUUCCAUUGGAGACGCCCGUGUCCCACUACCUCUUGAGACUCUCCAGCGGGACCCCAGAGGCUGUGUGAGGGGCUGCUGGGCUUGCUGCCCUCAUUGCCUCUCACAGUUCCAGUGACCUAAUUCCUGGAAUAGACCAGGACCGGGACAGAGCCUCAGGCCAGCAGGGACAGAGGCCACUGCUCCUCCCUGUCCCCCUGCUCCAGCCAGACAGCACUGCUCCCACCCCACCCUGUCGUCAGGCCUGCUGGGUCCCCUCCCUGCCAGCCCUCCCCUGGCUCAGUGCGAACCCUGGAGGGUCCCCUUUAUCAAUGUGGCAACACCUGCUUGGCUCACUUGCAGACUAAGGGAAUUUAGUUACCCUAUUUUCUAAAAAGUGUGUUCCUCCCCUCGUAUUGCUUAGGGAAGUUGUGGGGUUGUUGUGAAGAUCAAGUGCUUCCAAAGUUCCUAAGAUCAUCUCAGGUCAACAAACCUUGCUUGACAUAUUAUGUUGGCCUUACUUCUCUCCCAUGGGACCCAGUGCAAUCCUAGGCUUAUGACAGGUGGCCCCCGGCUUUGGAUUGAUCAGUAAUUGAUCAAUUGAUUAAUUAGGGUGGGUGGCAGUAUGCCCUGGAUCUUUCCACCAAUGUUCCCAUGUGAGAGAAAAUAGGAUAAGGGAGGGAAAUGGAAGAGGGAAGGCAGUGCCAUGCACAGGAGGCCAUGGGGACAGUGGCUGCCUCUGGCAGGGACAGGAUGACACAGGCAUCCCUUCAUGGCUACAGUGAUAGAAUUUAAGCUGGGUAAGGGGCCCUGGAAAGCCACAGCCCAUUACCUACUGCAGAGGUGAAGUAAUGAGGUUCUGAGACAAGUCUGCAGAGAUGAGGAAGAAUUGAGUUCUGUCACUGGGAGAUAAAACAUUAGGAGCAGCAGGGUCCAAGUUCUUACUUCAGAUCUAACUCUGUCCUUUUUUUC